AAGGAGGGGACAGAAAGACAGCGAACACCGCCACUGAAAAGCUGGACUGAUUUUCCUAUAGCCAACCGCUUUGUAACAUUUGCUAUUGAGAAAACUGAAGAAAAAUAAAGGAAACUAAGGGAGAAAGUGCACAGAGUAAGAAGAAAAAAGCAUAGCUGGGGGAUUUAAAGGAGCGGGGCAUGUGGAUAUUGGCUAUUAUCUUUUUCCACAGCAUCUUGAAUGUUUUCAGUGAAGAUCUACGUUCCAGCUUAUAUUUUGUCAAUGCAUCUCUGCAAGAGGUAGUGUUUGCCAGCACCACAGGGACGCUGGUGCCCUGUCCCGCGGCGGCUGUGCCCCCGGCAUCACUGCGCUGGUACCUCGCCACCGGAGAGGAGAUCUAUGACGUCCCAGGGAUCCGCCACGUCCACCCCAACGGCACUCUCCAGAUCUUCCACUUCCCCCCCUCAAGCUUUAGUAACUUAAUCCAUGAUAACACGUACUAUUGCACAGCUGAAAAUCCUUCAGGGAAAAUUAGAAGCCAAGAUGUUCAUAUUAAGGCCGUCUUACGGGAGCCCUAUGCGGUCCGCGUGGAGGACCAGAGAGCCAUGAGAGGCAAUGUAGCGGUCUUCAAGUGCAUUAUCCCCGCCUCUGUGGAGGCCUACAUCACUGUUGUAUCGUGGGACAAAGACACAGUCUCGCUUGUCUCAGGAUCUCGAUUUCUCAUUACAUCCACGGGAGCCUUGUAUAUUCUGGAUGUACAGAAUGAGGAUGGAUUGUAUAACUACCGCUGCAUCACACGGCAUCGCUACACCGGCGAAACCAGGCAAAGCAACAGUGCCCGCCUCUUUGUCUCAGACCCGACAAACUCCGAGCCGGUGAUCCUGGAUGGCUUUGACCGGCGUGAGGUCAUGGCUUCCCACAGAGUGGAGCUUCCCUGCAAGGCAUCAGGGCACCCAGCCCCCAAGUACCGCUGGCUGAAAGACAACAGCCCCCUGGAGCCGGACACCCGCUUCCGGCAGAGCGUGACGGGCUUGGUGAUCGAGAGCACGCGGCCCUCCGACACCGGCACCUACGUGUGCGAGGUGUGGAACAGCUACGGCAACGCCGAGGUUAUCGGGCGCCUGCUGGUGAAACAGCCCCUGAAGGCAGUGAUAAGUCCACGCAAGGUGAAGGGCAGCGUGGGAAGUCAGGUGUCCCUUUCCUGCAGCGUGACCGGCUCAGAUGAGUACGAGCUCUCGUGGUAUCGCAAUGGGGAGGUCAUCUACCCAGGCAACAACGUGCGGAUCACCGGCAACAGCCGUGAGAACUUGGUGAUGGAAGGCAUGGCCAAGAGCGACGGGGGUGCCUACCAGUGCUUCGCGAGGAACGGCAAGAUGUCCGCCCAGGACUUUGUGCAAGUCAUCUUGGAAGAUGGCACCCCCAAGAUCCUGUCAGCCUUCAGCGAGAAGGUGGUGAGCCCCAACGAGCCGGUAUCUCUGGUGUGCAAUGUCAAGGGUACGCCGAUGCCCACCGUCUCCUGGACCCUGGAUGACGAGCCGGUGGUGAAGGACAGCAACCACCGAAUGGGCCAGUUCAUCACCAUGGAAGGCAACGUGCUCAGCUACCUGAACAUCUCGAACACCCAGGUCCGGGACGGUGGGGUUUACCGCUGCACCUGCAACAACUCGGCGGGAGUGGUCACCUACCAGGCUCGAAUAAACGUAAGAGGGCCUGCCAGCAUCCGCCCAAUGAAAAACCUCACAGCCAUAGCUGGGCGGGACACCUACAUCCACUGCCGUGUCAUUGGCUACCCGUACUACUCCAUCAAGUGGUACAAGAACUCCAACCUGCUGCCCUUCAACCACCGGCAGCGGGCCUUCGAGAACAACGGCACGCUAAAGCUGUCCGACGUGCAGAAGGACGUGGAUGAGGGCGAGUACACCUGUUACGUGCUGGUGAAGCCCCGACUGGAAACCAGUCAGAGCGUCUACGUCACCGUCAAAGUGCCCCCCUUCAUCCAGCCCUUCGAGUUCCCACGCUUCUCCAUUGGCCAGCGGGUCUUCAUCCCCUGCGUGGUGGUGUCCGGCGACCUGCCCAUCUUCAUCACCUGGCAGAAAGACGGCCGGCCAAUCCCAGCCAGCCUGGGUGUCACCAUCGACAACGGCAACUACACCUGCAUCGCUCGCAACGACGCCGCGGCUGUGGAACACCAGAGCCAGCUCAUUGUCCGAGUUCCUCCAAGGUUUGUGGUGCAACCAAGAGACCAGGAUGGAAUUUACGGAAAAGCUGUGAUCCUGAACUGCUCGGCAGAAGGCUACCCUGUCCCGACGAUAGUGUGGAAGUAUUCCAAAGGUGCCGGGGUGCCCCAGUUCCAGCCCAUCGCCCUGAACUCGGGCUUCCGCAUCCAGCUGCUGGUAAACGGCUCGCUGCUCAUCAAGCACGUGCUGGAGGAAGACAGCGGCUACUACCUGUGCAAGGUCAGCAACGACGUGGGAGCCGACGUCAGCAAGUCCAUGUACCUCAACGUCAAAAUCCCGGCCAUGAUCACGUCGUACCCCAACACCACGCUGGCCACGCAGGGCCAGAAGAAGGAGCUGAGCUGUACAGCGCAUGGGGAGAUGCCCAUCAUGGUCCGCUGGGAGAAGGAGGACCGUAUCAUCAAUCCCGAGAUGAGCCGCUACGUAGUCUCCUUCAAGGAGGUGGGCGACGAGGUCAUCUCCACCCUCCAGAUCUUGCCCACUGUAAGGGAAGACUCUGGGUUCUUUUCCUGUCAUGCAAUCAAUAGUUAUGGUGAAGACAGGGGAAUCAUUCAGUUAACAGUUCAAGAGCCUCCGGACCCUCCAGAGGUGGAGAUCCGAGAGGUCAGGGAUCGGACAAUAGCCCUCCGUUGGACGAUGGGGUUCGACGGCAACAGCCCCAUCACUGGCUACGACAUCGAGUGCAAAAACAAAUCAGCGUCCUGGGGUUCAGCCCAAACAACCAAAGACGUCUCCCCACAGCUGAACCAGGCCACCAUCAUCGACCUCCACCCCUCCUCCACCUACAACAUCCGCAUGUUCGCCAAGAACCACAUCGGGAAGAGCGAGGCCAGCAACGAGCUCACCAUCACCACCGACGAAGCGGCCCCCGAUGGCCCUCCGCAGGAAGUGCAGCUGGAAGCCAUCUCCUCGCAAAGCAUCAAAGUCACCUGGAAGGCCCCAAAGAAGCACCUGCAGAACGGCAUGAUCCGCGGCUACCAGGUGGGCUAUCGAGAGUACAGCACUGGAGGCAGCCACCAGUUUAACAUCAUCAGCGUGGACACCACCGGGGACACUGAGACCAUCACGCUGGACAAUCUGAAGAAGUUCACCCAGUACGGGGUGGUGGUGCAGGCUGGGAACCGUGCGGGCACGGGGCCCUCGUCCCAGGAGGUCAUCGCUACCACCUUGGAGGAUGUUCCCAGUCGUCCUCCUGAGAGUGUCCUGGCCGCGGCCACAUCGCCAGAGACCAUCUCCCUCUCAUGGUCCACCCCCGCCAAAGAAGCACUCAACGGUAUCCUCCAGGGCUUCCGGGUCAUUUACUGGGCCAACCUUCCCGAUGGAGAGCUGGGAGAGAUCAGGAAUGUCACCACGUCCCAGCCUUCCCUGGAGCUGGACGGUCUGGAGAAGUACACCAACUACAGCAUCCAGGUGCUAGCCUUCACGCGCGCCGGGGAUGGAGUACGCAGCGAGCAGAUCUUCACGCGGACCAAGGAGGAUGUCCCCGGACCUCCUGCCGGAGUGAAGGCUGCUGCGGCCGCCAACUCGGUGGUGUUCGUCUCCUGGCUGCCACCGCUCAAACUCAACGGCAUCAUCAGGAAGUACACUGUCUUCUGCUCGAACCCCUACCCGACGGUAAUGAGCGAGUUUGAGGCCUCCCCAGAUGUGUAUUUCUACCGCAUCCCCAAUCUCAGCCGCAACCGUCAGUACAGCAUCUGGGUCGUCGCCGUGACGGCCGCGGGUCGGGGGAACUCCAGCGACAUCAUCACCGUCGAGCCCCUGGCCAAAGCCCCGGCCCGGAUCUUGACAUUCAGUGGCACAGUGACGACGCCAUGGAUGAGGGACAUAGUCCUACCCUGCAAAGCCGUGGGAGACCCAUCUCCAAGCAUCAAGUGGCUGAAGGGGAGCAAUGGCACCCCUAGCCCAGUCCUGAUCGAUGGACGCCGCAGUGUCCAUAGCAACGGCAGCUUCGUCAUCCGUACUGUGAAAGCAGAGGAUUCUGGGUACUACAGUUGUGUGGCUAGCAAUAGUUGGGGGUCUGAUGAAAUCAUGCUUCACCUGCAGGUUCAAGUUCCUCCCGACCAGCCACGUCUUACGGUAACCAAGACGACCACCACAUCAAUCACCCUGUCCUGGAUACCAGGUGACAACGGAGGGAGCUCCAUCAGAGGGUACAUCUUGCAGUACUCUGAGGACAACAGCGAGCAGUGGGGCAGCAUUUCCAUCAGUCCCAGCGAACGUUCCUACCGCCUGGAGAACCUCAAGUGUGGCACCUGGUACAAGUUCACCCUCACGGCACAGAACGGGGUUGGCCCUGGACGCAUCAGCGAGAUCAUCGAGGCCAAGACCCACGGCAAAGAACCUCAGUUCCCCAAAGAGCAAGAGCUCUUCGCCAGCAUCAACUCCACCCGCGUCAGGCUGAACCUGAUUGGCUGGAACAACGGCGGCUGCCCCAUCACCUCCUUCACGCUCGAGUACCGACCCGUGGACUCCACCGUCUGGACGACGGCUCAGCGCACUUCCCUGACCAAGAGCUACAUCCUAUACGACCUGCAGGAGGCAACGUGGUACGAGUUGCAAAUGAAGGUCUGCAACAGCGCAGGCUAUGCUGAGAAGAGGGUGAAAUUCGCCACCCUGAAUGCCGAUGGAAGUACCAUACCACCACUGGUAAAGACGGUGAAUGAAAUUACGGACAACAUGGUAAGCAACGAGGGUCUGAAGAUGAUGGUGACCAUCUCCUGCAUUCUGGUGGGCAUCGUCUUGCUGUUCGUCCUUCUGCUGGUGCUGAGGAGAAGGAGGAGAGAGCAGAGGCUGAAGAGACUACGAGAUGCAAAGAGCUUGGCAGAAAUGCUAAUGAGUAAGAACACAAGGACACCGGACACAAUGAACAAGCAGCAGCAGACACUUCGAAUGCACAUAGAUAUCCCCAGGGCCCAACUUCUCAUAGAGGAGCGAGACACGAUGGAGACAAUCGAUGAUAGGUCUACAGUCCUGCUAACAGAUGCCGACUUCGGGGAGACCUCCAAGCAAAAGUCAUCCACGGUCACGCACACCGUGCACUACCAGUCGCUUUCGCAGGCAACAGGCCCGCUAGUGGAUGUAUCUGAUGCCCGACCUGGAACCAACCCCACAGCCCGCCGCACAGCCAAAGCCGGUCCCGCCACCCGAAACCGCUACGCCAGCCAGUGGACACUGAACAGGCCACACCCACCCAUCUCCUCCCACACUCUGAGCACGGACUGGAGGCUGCCCACGCCACGGGCCACCGGCUCCGUGGACAAAGAGAGUGACAGCUACAGCGUCAGCCCUUCUCAGGACACAGACCGUGCGCGGAGCAGCAUGGUCUCCACGGAGAGCGCCUCCUCCACCUACGAGGAGCUGGCCCGCGCCUACGAGCACGCCAAGAUGGAGGAGCAGCUCCGGCACGCCAAGUUCACCAUCACCGAGUGCUUCAUCUCCGACACGUCCUCUGAGCAGCUGACCGCCGGCACCAACGAGUACACCGACAGCCUCACCUCCAGCACGCCCUCCGAGUCGGGCAUCUGCAGGUUCACGGCGUCCCCACCGAAACCUCAGGAUGGGGGCCGGGUCAUGAAUAUGGCCGUCCCCAAGGCACACAGACCGGGAGGCGAGCUGGUUCACCUGCCCCCAUAUCUCCGGAUGGACUUCCUCCUAAACCGUGGGCUCCCAGCAUCCGGGCGCGAGGCAGCCAUGGGCCAAGCCUGCCUGGAGCCUCAGAAGAGCCGCACGCUGAAGCGGCCGGCCCUGCUGGAGCCCACUUCGACUGAGGCGGGGGCGGCGGCGGGGGCGAGUAGCCGUGAGGUGCAGCAAUGGCAGCCCGGGACUGCCUCCACGCUGCCGCAGCGGGAGGGGGGCGACCUGGCCCAGGCCGCCAAAAUGAGCAGCUCCCAGGAAUCACUAUUGGACUCAAGAGGACACCUGAAACAGAGCAGCAACCCUUACGCAAAAUCUUAUACCUUGGUAUAACACAGAGCACGGACAGGACUACAGACACGAGAGCUCUGUCGAGAAAAAGGAAGACAAAAAAAAACAAACAAAAAAACACACGCACACAAACGCGGACUAUUGAAAACAGAAGCUGUAUAUAUUUCUGACUCCAAAUGGAUGGUUAACUUUCUUUCUUACGCAUUCCUUCCUUUCUUUACCUCUGUCCUUUCUGUUUUCUUUUCUACUUGAGUAUUUGUUUAUUUUAAAACACUUCACGUGAAGAUUGCCAAAAUAAUUUAUUUAAAAGUCGAAAGAGAAAAAUAAUAUUGGAAUUAUUAUAAUGAUGGUGAUGACGACGAUGAUUAUUAUACAGAAACAAAAGAAACGUGUGAAAAAGAGAAGAAGAGGAAACUGGACCAUUUGGUAGGACAACUGCUUUUUUUUGGUCUGAGUGAGAUGCUCUGGGUAACAACCAGAUUUUCUAUCAAGACAAGUCUUCACGUGACAUGAGGCAUUUGUACGAGCAAGAAGAAGUUCCACUAACGCAAGAUAAGCCGCCCUACUUGUCCAGUCUUCUCAGAUUGUUGAGUCUUUUAAUCAAUUUCCUAUGAUUGCAUGGGAACUGGCGAAGGUGAUGGCUGGAAAUCCCACUGAGAAUUUUGUCACAUUAUGAAAUUAUAAAAUGUGAAGAUUUAUUAUAUAUAUAAAUAUAUAUAUGAAUAUAUAUAAAAGAAAUCAAUUUAUUUGUGGAUAUUACAGGGAAAAAAAUUUGAUUUGGUUAAUAAAGUCCUUAGUCUUGUUUGCACAAAUCUGGUUUUAAUUAGGAAAUGGAGGCAACUGGUGGUUAUUUAGCAGUGCCCCCCUCCCCCAAACGGAAACAGAGCAGGCGGCCGCGUGAUCGGACCGAGGUCAUGAGCACGCACCGGCGCGCAGACGUUCUGCAAUAAUUUAUCCAGGUGUUAAUGGUUUAUGCACAGGUCACCCACUUGGUAAGUGGCGUUUCUUUCUGCGUGGGUGCCGCUCGCGUGCACUGGCGUUCCUUUCAAGACCAAAGAAGCACCUCGACUUUGUCGACCACUCGCGGUCAAGCCAGCAGUAAGUCAGGUGGGGUUGGGGGGGUGAUGUCAGUUCCCCCCGUCUUUUAACGUCACUGCGUCGCGACGCCUCUCCUCUGUCUUGGCGGAAACUGUGACAAUCCAGCGAAUAUGUCCUCCACCCCUGCCCAAUACCAUACCCCAAAAAUCCUAACUGCAACUAUACUCCAACUGUCAUCGCUGUCAUGCACAACCAGCCCUUCCCUUGCAGAAGACAGGUGAACACCUGAGGGUAGACGAUGGCACGAUCAUAAACGUUUUUUAAUGGAGUUGUUCUAUGAGAAGUUUUCGAGAUGAGCCCAGCAAGAACCGUGGUAUCUAUCACGCUGUGGUUCCCUUUUGAAAAAGCUCUCUCGUCCCAUCGACGGACGCGGUAGUUAAAUCUCAGCCAACAGAUGGCGCCAUGUGGUUAUCAGAAGUGUUAUUUUUUGCAGCGUGAAUGUCAAGGAGAUGCGUUAACACUCUGCGUUGAAGCGAAACCAUGACAAUCUUAAAGGGAGGAUCCGGAACAGUGAUAAUGACGCUGUUUCUGGCUGUGACCGUACAGAAAGAACUGAGUUGUUAUUCAGCAUUGAGAUAAGAUAAUGUCAGAGAUCAGUUGAUUACUUUUGCACUGGCCUCUUACUGCCUGCAGAGGGCAGUGUGACAGAAUAAUGAAACUUGUCACUACACUGGCCUUUCACUAUGCCUGAAGAAGAGGCUGAAAUCGUUGAAUAUGCCUCGGUGGAAUGCUAAGAAUGUUGUUUUGGUGCAAUACUAGGCCCUUUGUUCCUUUACCAAACAUGAUGUGUGUGCACACAUUAAGUGUAACGUUCCACAGAAAACAAGAAGCUCUACCCACGAAUAUCACCAUGUAGAGCAUUAAAAAAUCAGCAGACACUUUGUAUUCAUAAUCUGUAUUGUGUUUUAAAACUUGAAGAUGUUUUAAGAUCCAGUGCGUUUUCUCCUUUUCCGAUAUACAUUAAGUGUGUUGGUGUGUAUAUGUAUGCACACAUAUUAAAACAUUCAGCAUUACCUGACAUUUGGCUACUCCAAGAGGGAAGACACUUUUCUGAAUGAUUUUCAAAGUUAAAGGCAGAGAGGGAGACAGCAAUUUGCCAUUCCAUGAUGGCAACAAUGUUCUAAAAUGUGUCUCCUUUGCCAUCGCUGUAGCAGGAUUCCAGUUUGGGUAUUUUACAGGCAUACUGGUGGACCGCCUUCAGUUUUUGUCAGGAUGGAAUGAAAUUUGAAAAAGCAGGGGCACCAACAAUAAAAUGUUUUCUUUUUUUUUGUCUUUGCUCCACUUAUCCUGAAAGGAGGUGUGUACCACACUACUGGAUGUGAAGGGUCAUUCUCCGAGUAAAACGUAACCUGCAAAUGUGAGGCGUCUCUGAUUAUCGGAGACCCCACAUGGAGACCCCACAAAUGAUAUGCAUUCAAUUGAAGGUAAAGGGGUCUCACCAUUAUCCAACAUGUCUGUCGUACACCAACCCCCUCAUGAUUGCAGUGGGAGUGAAGAUCUUGUUCCACAUCUAACAGGAACACAGCUAGCCUGUCUAGAAGUGGCACUGGUGAGCGAAUUGAGCGUGCUGACAUAAAUAGCAGCCCUUUGCACAAUGAUGUGACUUAACGUCGUUUAAUAAUCGCAAUGUUAGGUCAUUAACUACAAAUUAGAAAAACGGCAUGUAAUUCACUGAGAUGAUGCACAUUUAAUGUGAGAUCAGCAGUCUCCCUAUAUACUGACAGGGACAAUCCAAAUGGGACAAUAUACUAGGUGUAUUUUAACCCCCAGUUAGCUAAAAGUGAGCACCCCUAGGAUUAGCACUUUGUUUUUAUAACCUGCCCGUGGACAAAAAAAUACCCAUCGGCAGAAAUGGUGGAUUUCCCCAUUUUCCACGGUUCCUAAAUCACUCUAUUGAUUCCUGAACUCUUGGAAUGUCAGGAAAUUGCUCCUGUGAACCUUUAUCUCCAAUAUGGGGUUAGGCCAGUGGUGGGGUGGCAAGGAUUUAUUUCAUAUAUAUAUAUAACUGUAUUUACUACCCCCCCCCUCCCCCCAACUGAAGCACACAACAAGGUAGGCUGGUGUUUGAGAUUUACACUCUGCCUCUCUUGCGUUAUUAACCGCCAUCAUAAAUAAACUUUUGCGCUCUCUCAUCUGCUCUGCAAAAUAAAGA